AUAGCUCCUCUCCCAAAGGCAGUCGAUUUUUCAAUAAAUGGCCGGAAGUUUAUUUGUUGAUUCUCAAACUUUCCACGCCACGUUUUCCUCCCAUUCGAACCGACGGCGGUAGCGGGAAGCCUCCUCCGGUGUUUCUCUGCGUUGUUUUUUGUUGCUGAUCGCUCCCAUUCAUUCUGAAAGAGAGGGCGAAGGGAAAGAAGCAGAAAAUCAAGGAGGGGAUGGCGACGUCUGGAGGUGGAGAGCAGUUGCCCAGGAAGGAGGUUGCGGUGCUGAAGGGUCAUGAAGGGGCGGUGCUGGCCGCGCGCUUCAACUCCGACGGCAACUACUGCCUGAGCUGCGGCAAGGACCGGACCAUUCGGCUGUGGAACCCUCACCGCUCCCUCCACAUCAAGACCUACAAGGCCCACGCUCGCGACGUCCGCGACGUCCAUGUCACUCUGGAUAACGCGAAAUUGUGUUCAUGUGGUGGCGAUCGGCAGGUAUUCUAUUGGGAUGUAGCAACAGGUCGCGUAAUCCGGAAAUUUCGAGGCCACGAUAGUGAUGUAAAUGCUGUCAAGUUCAAUGAGUAUGGUGCUGCACUAAUAUCAGCUGGUAAUGAUCGUUCAGUGAGGGCAUGGGAUUGCAGAUCACAAAGCACUGAGCCAGUUCAGAUUAUUGACACAUUUUCAGACAGUGUGAUGUCCCUAUGGUUAACUAAGACUGAAAUCAUUGCUGGAAGUGUUGACGGAACUGUGCGCACGUUUGACAUUCGCAUUGGUAGGGAGAUCGUUGAUGAACUCGGACAGCCUGUGAACUGUAUUGCAGUAUCAAAUGAUGGUAACUGUGUGCUAGCUAGUUGCUUGGAUUCGUCUUUGCGCCUCCUAGACAGGUCAACAGGCGAACUUUUGCAAGAAUACAAGGGUCAUACUUGUAAGUCUUACAAGUUGGAUUGUUGCCUUACCAACACUGAUGCACAUGUAGCUGGAGGAUCUGAAGAUGGCAAGGUCUUCCUUUGGGAUUUGGUUGAGGCAUCUGUUGUUUCAAGCUUUCGAGCACAUGCCUCAGUGGUGACAAGUGUGAGUUAUCAUCCAAAGGAUGCUUGUAUGAUAACAUCAUCCAUUGAUGGCACUGUUCGUGUUUGGAAAGCUUAACUGCAACAUGCCUCUGUUUCUUCACCAGCGAAGGAACAUUCCUAUUCAAAGACAGAUCGAUGCAUUCAACCGCUGGUGUCCAUCAACUGAGGCUACAUUCAGUAGACAGUGAAGCACUCAUAUGAUCCUACUAGUCUGCAACCGUCCACAGAAGCGCUUAACUGGUGAGCUGUGGUUUUUGUUUCUAUUCAAAGGAUCCAUCACGCGUGGCCACGGCAAGCAGAAAACAAGAACGUGUCCCCAUGUUCAUUGAUGCGAUGCUCAUUAAUGGAAUCUCUUUUUGUUCUCAGAAGGUUCACUGUCCCUCUGACAUGAAAAUAUGCAACAGAUUAUAUUUCACCUAAAGGUAGACAUGGCUCCAACAGAAAAUGCUGAUGUUGAUUUAAUUUGAAUCUGAAGAUAGUCUGACUAGUCAGAUAUGCGUCCAAAAUGAACAUGCGUUUAAAUUUUCUCAGGAAUUCAUCUCAGGACACUGCAUUGACAA